AUGCACCUUCCGGAGCAACAGGGUGACUCGGUCGGUUUACCAUGUAACGACGAAGACUCCCAAUUGCACCUGAAAUUGUCUACUGUAUCCUUUACGGAAUACGACUCCGAUGGUGAACAAGAAAUCUCAUACCCGGUAGCGCCUGCUGCGGACGGAGGUGCAGAUAUCCUGAGCUCAACUUCAUCUGUAUCCCUGGGUCCCGCAAAAAGCCCCCUGGAUGGAAGGCGAACGCUUUUAUUGGUUUACAUCCAUGGCUUCAUGGGUGCUGAGGAUAGCUUUCGGCGCUUUCCUGCCCAUGUACAUAACCUGGUCGCCAACGCUUUGGCAGAUUCGCACGUGGUUUAUUCCAAGGUAUAUCCGCGAUAUAAAUCACGUCGGGCAAUGGGCGUUGCUCGAGAUGAGUUUAGCGAAUGGAUAAUCCCACACGAGUCACAUCAAACCGAUGUCAUUUUACUGGGGCACAGUUUGGGUGGUAUAUUGGCUGCCGAGGUAGCACUCGCCGAGGUCGAGAACAUGAAUAGUCCCAGCAAGUAUAGGCAUCGAAUUCUCGGAAUGAUAAACUUCGAUGUGCCAUUUCUUGGAAUGCAUCCAAGUGUUGUCGGCACUGGACUUGGUGCUUUGUUUCAACCGAAGCGCAAGGAUGGGUUUGAAAACGAGGCCUUGAAUGCGAAGAGAUCAGAAUCCCAACCAAGCGAACUAGGUUCUCAAGAGUCGAUGGAAAUGAUGCCAUCGUGGUUUGAUCAGAUUCCAGACCCUAACUUUGACCCUCCAUUUCCAAAUGACGUCCGCCGGGUGAAACGCAGCCAGCUAGAUGGCGCAAUCAAUUUCCUAAAGAAGAAUUCGGGUAACCUGGCUAUGGCGGUGAAGGAGUAUGCAAGCUCUUAUGUAGAGUUUGGUGGCUGCCUCGCCGACUACUCGGGUCUCCGCAGGCGGUACGCGAUGUUAAAAGAGUUGGAGGCUAUCGAUGACAUGGAACCCAAAACUGAUAGGCGGGGUCUACUGCAACGACGACUCAGGUUUAUAAAUUACUAUACAGCUAGUCCAGGGUUUCCUAAAAAGUCGCCUUCAAAUCUCGAUGGCCAGGAACUGACGGAUGAGAUGCCGCCAAACCAUACGAUAGCAUCAACAGAUUCGCUUGACAAACUGACAAAGCUACCAAGUCCUACAAUAUCAGUUGGGAGCUUCGACUCCACUGACGACGGUAUGAUCAACGUGGAGCCGACACCGAUAGUGGAAGAUCCUACAGUGGCCAACCUUUCUUCAUCAAAACAAUCCUGUGACGUGUCACCUGAGCAGUCAACUGUCGACCACGAAUCAGUCGAAGGUAAUGAUCAAUGCACAACUACCAUGAUUGAUUCUCUGCCGCCUCUACCAGAAAUACCAGCAGAACCACCAGCAUUAGACCCAUCCUUGUACGAAGAUAAAGACAUACUCAAGCAGGCACGAAAGGAACAUACACGUUUAGUUAAGCUUCAUGAGCGAGUGAAGAAGGAACACGAUACAACGCUCAAAGAACGCGAGAAGCUCGUGCAAAAACUUGCCAAGAAGAAACAAAAGUUGCUAUCAUCAUCUUCUACCGAGACGGAGAGCAAGGAAAGCCUCAAUAGAUACCCCGUUAGCCCAGAUGAUCAUAUAGAAAAACGAACUCCUCUCUCCGCGACCGUCAAAGAAAGCACACAAAUACCAAUAUCAGAUGCAGAGGAGAUGGAAAAGCUCGAGUCCAACAAUUCUUCGUCGCCUUUCCGAGACUCACCGAUAGCAUUACUACAGCCACCAAAAGAUCGUGUAUUUUGCGCUCUACCUGGCUCGUCGGAUCGUCUGUGGGUACGCAUUUUCAUGCCUGAUAUUGACGAAGUCGUCGCCCAUCAGUCUAUCUUCUUACCCAAUGGCUUGUAUUAUGAGUGGUUGGUAAAUGACACUGCGGCUAGAAUUGAGCAAUGGGUACAGGAUGACUGUACUCGUCGAGUAAUUUGGGAACAAUUCGGAGAGUUUUCGUGA